UCACGGACGUCACGUGUAACGGCACACGCACUGGCUAGUCUCGCGCUCUUUGCCGUUCCCUCGCGUUCUCCCGGUCCCGGUCGCGCGCGUAACGCCACCACAAUUGCUCUUCACGCGCGUUAUUAUUAUUUUUUUUAAUCGCUGUCCUGUUACGUCCGGGCUCUCCGCAGAUUCUGACCUUCGGGGAUUCGACUACGCGCGAUGGCGGCGAAGGCAGCGAAGGCAGCGAAGAGGGUACCGAAGAAAAAGGGAGGUUACCAAAUGCCCGAGCCGAUACCGGCCGGGGAGAUUCUCAUGGACCUGUCUAAGAGCCGAUGGAUACUCGGCAAGUCGAUCGGUGUCGGCGGCUUCGGCGAGGUUUACUCUGCUGCACCGUAUUCAGGAAACAUUCCCAAGGAAUAUAACAAUGUCAUAAAAAUUGAACCACACGUAAAUGGUCCGUUAUUUGUGGAAAUGCAUUUUUACAUGAGAAACUGUAAGCCAGAUGACAUUGAUGACUGGCAGAAAAAGAAGAAACUUGCCGCGCUCGGGGUGCCUAGAUAUGUUGCUUCUGGAAGUCACGAAUAUAAAAAUACAAAAUAUCGAUUUUUGGUAAUAGACCGAUACGGGAAAGAUUUAUGGAAGAUAUUUGAGGAGAAUAACAGACAGUUUCCGGAGCACGUAGUGUAUAAAUUAGCUUUGCAAAUAAUAGACAUCUUAGAGUAUAUUCAUCACAAGAAUUAUGUACAUGCCGAUGUCAAAGGUGAAAAUUUGUUACUUGAUUUGAAAUCGUAUGAUCAAGUUUAUUUAGUGGAUUUUGGCUUAGCUUCUCGCUGUACAUCGAGCACUGAAUUGAAAGUUGACCCAAAGAAGGCACACAACGGUACUUUACAAUAUACGAGCAGGGAUGCUCAUAUGGGAGUACCCACACGUCGCAGCGAUAUAGAAAUUUUGAGUUACAAUAUCAUCAUGUGGUUAUGUGGUUCGUUGCCAUGGGAAAAUUUACUUGAUCCGCCUACCGUUCAGAAAGAGAAAGAAAAGGCUUUCAAUAAUAUGGACAGUUUCCUGGACAAAUGUUUUCAGGGAUCUGUUCCACAGGCUGUACAUAAAUUUAUGACUUUAGUAGCCAGCCUAAAAUUUAACGAAAUACCAUCUUAUGAAAAAUUGAAGGAAGUAUUAAUAGCUGGUUUAAAGAAACUGAAUCAUAAACCAGAUGGGAAAUUACAAUUAAACAACAUUGGUAUGGCAACUGCUCCUAAAAAAACUACACAGAGAAUGAAGAAACCCGCAAAUGGAGUCAGAAGCAGUCCCCGUACGAAACGUACAGAUGUCCCGAGUUCUGAAAAUGAAAAGUCAAGACUGAAAAAAUCAAGACAAAGUACUAUAGGUGUUGUAAUUGACAAAAAGCGUUGUAAUUUAAAAGAAAUUGAGAAAGUAUUAGAUGAUAUGGAUUCUGAUGAGGAAUACGACAUACAAAUUCUUAAAAAAGCGAAGAAAACGGAAGCCACUGAAAAAGCAAGUAAGAUAACGACAGCUCCAUCGCGCAAAAAGAAGAUUCCAAUCCAGGAUGAUUCUGAUGACGAUUCUAAUAUACAGUCAUCAAACCGUUCAAAUAAAACGCAACGGAAAAAGCCGACCAAAAGUACAAUUACACGGAAGCCCAAGUCUCUAGACGAUUCAGAAACCACUGCUGAGGCUGAGAUUAUAUCAAAAGGAACAAAGUCAAGACCUGCUGCGACUGCUGUUAGGAAUAAAGUAAGUACCAAGAGUAGAUUGCAGUCCAACAAAGUAAUACCUACAACUGAAACUGAAUCGGAUGAAGAGAUGUUUUGAUAUAUAAAAUAAACAAUAAAAUAACAAAGUACAAUUAUGUACAGUAUUUGUACUAAAGAAUAUAAUUGUGUUCUGCAUUUAUACACUGUGUUCUUUUAUACGUGAUUAUUUACGCAUUUAAUUAAUAAUCAUUUAUACAACAUUAUCUACAACGUGCUCAUCAUGAUUCAAAUAACAAUCUAGAGUUUUUGUAUAUAUGUGUAUAAUUGCCGAAAA